AUGAAAUUUAUUAUAUCGCUGACGAUCUUCUCAAUUUUAUCCGCCAUUUCUUGGGCUGAUGAACCUGUUACCUGUGCCAGCGUCCUCAAACUUGCGAAUGGUCAAGACAAGUCGAGGUUGCACUCGCAUGAGGUGAAAUACGGGUCAGGAAGUCAGCAGCAAAGUGUUACAGGGACGAACAGCUUAGACGACAUCAAUUCUCAUUGGCAAAUUCUUGGAGGUGAGUAGUUUUUAUUACCUAUUUUGUUUUUUGAAAUUUAGGUAGCACAGGUCAUUAUGGGCUUACGGAAAUAGUUUCCGCAGUAGCCUUAUAGGUUGCUGGUGCUUUUCGAUUAAUUUUUGAAGAGUUUAAGGACGAAGCUUGCUUUAGUUCAGCUUUAUCUUGCUAUUGAUGCAGCUGUUGGCGGAAGUUGAUGCGACGGUUGAAAUAUUGUAAAUUUCCCUGAAUUUUACAAUAUUCUGAUUUCACCAGCUGACUUCCAGCGUAUUUCGGCUCUCAAAACAAUUUUUAUAAUGAUUACGGGCAUAUUUUAAAUUUUCGGUAUUAAAUUUGAGGUUAAACCCAAAAUGUUUGAAAUAUAAUUUAAUUAUUCUUUUAUUUCAGCUAACAAUGCCGUGUGUAAACGAGGAGAGCCUAUCAAGUGUGGAGAUACGAUCAGACUAGUGCAUUUAACGACCAAGUGCUUCUUACAUUCACAUGAAUUCCCAUCACCAUUGUCCAAAGGAAAUCAGGUAAGAAUUUCGGUAUUUCUUCUUUCAAUUUUAGGUACUGUAAGAUGAAGAAUACUGAAUACAUCUUGAAUUUUCAGGAAAUCUCCUGCUUUGGCAAAUCCGAUGAGCAAUCUGACACUGGAGAUCAUUGGAAGGUCGUUUGUAACUCCGACGUCUGGACUGAUGAAGAACAAAUUCAAUUGAAACAUGUCGACACUGGCAAAUACUUGGCCACAUCAGGGCAGACAUACGGCCGACCAAUUAGCGGACAAAAGGAAGUCGUUGGAUUCGCCACAGGAAGCGGUUACAACACUUAUUGGCAAGCAGCGGAAGGUGUAUAUAUCCAGAAAAAGGAUGAAGAAGAGACUGAAUAA